UCAAUUAUAUAUAUGGUAACCAAGGUUGUCAACCCGCGGGUCGACCCGGACCCAGACGAGCUAGUGGGUCAAGGGUUAAUGGGUCACCCGUUUUAGCCCGAAAAUAUUGAAAGAUUCAUUGUAUUGUACUUAUCUUGAAUUCAACAUAGAAAAAAAUGCAACACUAUCUAAACUCCAACACACUUAAAUAACAUCAACCUAAAACAUAACCAAUCUUAAAUUCCUCUUCCACGUAAACAAUCCAAAAUUCCAAAUGAUUAUUAACAAUUUCAAGGUUGUCAACCCGAUUUGGUCAGUUGGACCGAUCGAGUUAGUGGGUGAAGGAUUAAUGGACUGACCAGUUUAGCCCAAUUUAGCUCGAUUUAGCCCGAUUAUGUGGAAGAAUUUAAAAUUAUAUAUAAAUUAAACAUAGAUUUUGAAAUUACAAAAUUAAAAAUAUUCAAUUCAAAUUUAGUCAAUUAAAUGAUACUGGCAAUAGCUAAGCGGAAGCGAUCCUACUGCCAACUUUUUUUUUAUUCUUUUUGAUAGACACAAUUGUCCUGUUGAUUUGUGGUCUAAUAUAGUGCUAAAUUAUAUUUAUUGUUGUAUGACGUGGAAGUCACGUCGCAACCACUUUAGAAUUAUAUGUUGCGUUGUAGACAAAAGAGACUGAUGCCUGUCAAUAUUAACGGUCUAGCUAAAUUUCGAGUUUAAUUUGUCGAUUUCAAAGUGGAUGUCAUAUUUGUUUAUGUUCUUAGUUGCUAUGUUGAUAAAUCAACAAAAUAGCAAACAAAAUUUUAAUAAGUUGAAUGAUUUUUAAUUGAUUUAGAAUCCUUGAUCAGUUAUUAUAAAGUCUCUAUUUUAAAUGAUUGAUGUGGUUAAAUCACGGUUUUAAAUAAACAAAGUCUCUAUUUACUAUUACAUAACUAAUAAUAACAGAUUCAUCACACUUCCCAAAACACACUUUCCUUCCUACUUUCCUCCAUAAAAAAACAUUUUCCUUCCAAUUUCCUUCACCUCCAAAUCUCCCCUCCCCUCUCCUCCUAAUUUUCCUUCACCUACCCUCCUUUUCCUCCCUUCUUUCGGAAACAUAGUGUACAUAAAGAACGCGGAAAUACUCAUCAAUCACGCACACGACAGUACUUAUAAAUCCAUACAGACAAUUUGAACAAGCACAGAGCAGAAAAACCGUACAUAAAGUAAUGUUAGCGGUAAUGGGCUGAGUUGGGCUAUGAUUGUAUUUGGUUAGCUUGUGAUAGGCCCAUUGUUGAAGUAGCAUGUACGUAGGAGUUUGUGGCGGUAACCGAACCCUAGCAAGUGAUUACGUGAGCUAGGGUUAGGCAAAUAUAUAUACAUGUAAACUGACGAUGUACCAAUGGAAGGGAAAAACCUAAUAAGAUCAUCAGCUCGGAGAGUUCUAGCUCUCCCGUGGACUAGUCCCGAUCUCGGGGAAACCACGUAAACAGUGUGUCUCGUUUCCUUCUUCGUUUUCGUAUUUGAUUCUAGCUAACAUGGUAUCAGAGCUAUCGUCUUUGGAUUCUGAUAGGGUUUCCGUUAGAUUGAACUCCAAGAACUAUGCGUUGUGGGAGUUCCAGUUUCGUAUCUUCAUUGAAGGCAAAGGCCUUCUUCCGUUCCUGGAUGGUAUGUCGGUGCGGCCUCAAGUCCCGCCGUCGUCUGAUGAAGAACUCGCCAGGUGGGUUCAAACGGAUGCUCGGGUUAAGUCAUUUCUGUUGAGUACAAUUGAUCCAGUCAUUAGCCUGGGUCUUCGGUUGCUUCGUUCUGCUAGGGAGAUUUGGGUUCAUCUUGCUCAAACCUACACCACCGCUGAUCCCCAACGGAAGUUUGAGAUCACCUUCGAGUUGGCUCGGCUCGAACAAGGGGACAUGGAUGUGACGUCGUACUACAACGCGGCGCAAUUAUUGUGGACCGAACAGGAUUUGUUGACUGCUACGUUGUGUUCGGCGGCUGCUUCGGCAGAGGUUAUUCAGGAUCGACAGCGAACCCGCAUGAUGCAGUUUCUCAGUCGGCUGAAGCCAGAGUUCGAGUCAGUGCGGGCAAAUUUGCUGCAGCGGGAGAGUUUGAAGAUGGAUGGCAUUCUGGCCAUUCUGGUUCGUGAAGAAACGUGUCUAAGGAUGCAAGCCCAGUUGGAUCUUCGGCCGGGUGCUGGAGAAGCGGUGUUCGCGGUCGCGGGAUCAAAGGGAGCUGGGGGAUCUGUGACUAAAGGCACGCUAUCUGCUGGAGGAGAAGAAGAAGCUUAUGCUGUGUCUCGUCCACAGUUUCGCCGUCGCAUGUCGGAAGUUGUUUGCCACCACUGUCGCCAGCCCGGUCAUUAUCAGAAGUACUGCAAGCAACGCAAUUUUUGCGUCUAUUGCAAGAAGAAGGGUCAUAUUAUUACCGAGUGUCGAUUAAUUCAGCCCCGAUCGUCUGACUCUCCUGUUGCACCGCAGCCUCCGCCAGCUAGAGGUGCCUAUGCUGUCCGCCAAGCUCCUGCUCCACCGACGGCUCAUCCCUAAGGCCAGUAUAUGACUGCCGAGGCUAUCGAGCAGCUUGUGAAUUCUGCUCUCCAGCGUUCGUUACCUACGCCAAUAACAAGUGCUUUUGCUACACUCCAUCAGGCUGGUAAGAAUCUCCCUUGGCUUUUAGAUUCGGCAUGUUUUAAUCAUAUGACGGGCAACAAUAGUUCUUUUACGAAGUUACAGUCAGUUAAGUUGGGUUCCAUUCAAGUUGCAAAUGGUCAGCGGCUAAAUGUUGCAGGCAUAGGUGAUGUUGAGAAGCCUCAUAUGAAUCUUGCUAGUACAUUAUGUGUUCCAAAUCUUGUGCCGAAUUUGGUUUCUGUUGGGCAAUUAACUGAGCAAAAUUGUCGUGUUGUGUUCGAUCCCUCUGGUUGUGUGGUUCAGGAUCUGAAGACGGGGAGGCAGAUCGGAAGGGGGAGUAAGCAUGGAAGAGUUUUUCAGCUCGAAGAAUUGUCGGGUCAACCUUCGUUACCUCGGUCCUCGUUGAGUCUUGAGUCUCGUGUGCUGCCAGUCUUUUCUAGUUUACCCAAUAAUGAUUUUGAGUUGUGGCAUUCUCGGUUAGGACAUCCUCAUUCCAGUCGGCUUGUAACCAUGUUUAAACAACGUCUUUUUGGGAAUAAGAAGGUUGAUUUUUCUUCGGGUAAUUUUCAGUGUGCUAGUUGCGUAGAAGCUAAGUCUACUCGUAGUUCAUUUCCUUCUAGUACGACGGUGAUUUCUGAGCCUUUUCACAUCGUUCACACCGAUCUUUGGGGUCCUUCCCCUACAGAUUCCCGCCAUGGUUACAAGUAUUUCGCGUUAUUUGUGGAUCAUGCUACUCGAUUCACUUGGGUCUAUUUCCUCCGUUUAAAAUCCGAUCUUUUGUCUGUUGCCACCGAUUUCUUAAAAAUGAUUCAAACUCAAUUUGGUAGGACAGUUCGUGUAGUUCGGUCAGAUCCUGGGGGGAAUUCAGUUCUAAUCCUCUAGCCAGUUUAUUCCGGUCUCAGGGUAUUUUGACUCAAAAAUCGUGUCCUGGGGUGUCUCAGCAAAACGGCCUUGUCGAGCGUAAAAAUCGUCAUGUCAUAGAGCUAACUAGAGCUAUGUUAUUGGUGUCUCAUGUCCCUGCUCGUUUUUGGCCUGAGGCAGUGGCUACGGCUGUUCGGUUGAUAAACUAUCAGAUUACUC